AUGGCAUCUUAUACCACAGACUUGAAAACCCCAACAGACUUUCAAACAGAGGUCAACCAACUGUCUGAGAAAGAAACAGAAGUUCUCAAAUCUUCCGCUGCAUCGGAUACAGACAUCGAAGACGAGGCACCACCUGCAUAUUCAGACUCCACCUCAGCCACCCUCCCUCGCAGUGGACCGCAAGCUUUUGCUCCCGGGCGAUCACUAUAUAUUAACUCUCGCGGGAUUGGUAUGAUCCGUCUUCCAACCCCUUGGUCGGAGUUAGAGAUUGGAGUCUACGACCAAGAUGGAUCGUUAGCCUAUGUAUCAUCCAGAGACAAACGUUGCUCAGGAGAUGCAGUUCUAUCAUCACCGAAACUCGGUGAUUUGCUCAGUACUACUUACUUCUUUGGGCCUGGUCGCCACCCUAUUCUCCGUCAACUUUAUCCAACACCGUUCAAUACCGGCGGCGAUGAUAUCAGCAAAGGCAUCACUGUUGCUGGGAAGUUUAUUUCACGAAGUGCCUAUUUCGAGAUGCCAGAUGGCUCGAAAUUUGAAUGGAAAUAUGUUCGCCUUGGCUAUGAUGGAGGUGGCAGAAGCAAGUUGCUAGUCCUUGAGAAGAUUGAAGGUGAAGGAGACGGAUCGCGUCGGAGAGUUGCGCAACUCAUUCGAACCAAAGAAACCAUUCCGCAAGGGAGCUCAAAGCAUAGAGCUGGAUGUGGUGGAGAGCUGGUUUUGGGCCAGGAUGCUCACCUAGAGAUUGAUGAAGCUGUUAUUGUUGGAACUUGUCUUUUGAUGUUGAAAAGGGAGGUUGAUCGCCGGAGAGCUAUUCAAAUGAUGGUUAUGACUGGUGUAGUUGCUAACUAG